AUGGACACGAGAACAGAAGCGUCUGAUGUUACCGAGGCAUCAGCAAGAUCGCGGGUGCCACAGCUCCCGGCGAGUUGCGAUCCUCCCCAGGGCAGCGCCCCUCCGAGACAGCUGGUCUGGGUUGUAUUUGGGGGCACUGGCCAGAUGGGCCGCUCACUCGUCAAGUGUGCUCUAUCUCAUGGAGACCUGGUCACCUCAGUCGGGCGCGUCUUUGAGACGAGCCCCCGCGACAUGGAAAACAUCCACGAGAACUGCCUCGGCGCGCUGUGUGACGUUCGCGCCCGCGAGUCCGUGAACCGCGUGGUCGAACGCACGCUUCAGCACUUUGGGCGCAUCGAUGUCGUCGUCAACUGCUCUGGGUACGGCGUCAUCGGCGCGUGUGAAGAUCAGGAUGAGCAUGACAUCCGGAACCAGUUUGAGACCAACUUUAUGGGGACGCUUCACAUCAUACAUGCUACGCUGCCUUACUUCCGGAGGCAGAGUGCAGGACGAUAUCUCAUCUUCAGCUCAACUUCGGGUGCGCUGGGUGUUCCCGGUCUGGGCCCUUACUGCGCUACAAAAUACGCAGUCGAGGGACUCAUCGAAGCGAUGCUCUACGAGACGGAUGCCUUCAAUAUCAAAGCGACUCUCAUCGAGCCGGGCCACGUGAGACCAGAGGAGCCCGAGAUGCAGGACACGGCUCUCCCGACGUCGUGGGGCCACUUCCUCGUCAAGCCGCCGAGUGAGACGUACGGACACCCGACAUCGCCGGCCCUACACGCGCGGCGCAUCGUGCAGUGGCUCGGUGACAAGCAUCGGCCCACGAGUGCAGUCAAGUGCGCCGAGCUCGUGUGGCAGCUCGGACAUUGCUCGUAUCCACCGCUGCGGCUGCUGCUGGGGAGCUACGCUAUCGAAAGCAUCCGGGAUCGCAUGCGCUCAGUUACGGAAGAGCUGGAGGAUUGGAAGCAUCUCAACUUUCCAGUGCCAGACGACGACAAGGAAGCCGGUGAAGAGUCUACACAGCCUGAAGCUGAGGCUGCUGCGUCUGCCGCUACUUGA